GCUGAAGAGGAAGAGGAGGAAGGUCCUGCCCCAAUACGGACCCCGCAGACUCUGUCUCGAGGCUGGGGAGAUGAAAUCGAAUGGGUGCAGACUUACGAAGAAGGUUUAGCAAGAUCAAGACACAGCAAGAAGCCCCUGAUGGUCAUUCACCAUCUGGAAGAGUGUCCUUACAGCCAAGCUUUAAAGGCAGCUUUUGCUUCUAGCAGAGAGAUUCAGCAGAUGGCUAAGGAAGACUUUAUCAUGCUAAAUCUGGUGCACUCCAGCAGCGACGACAACCUGGCACCCGACGGCCACUACGUCCCUCGCAUCCUCUUUGUUGAUCCUUCCAUGACAGUGCGAGCUGAUAUAACUGGCAAAUAUGGGAACAGGAUGUACACCUAUGAACCACAAGAUAUUUCAACCUUGAUUGAAAACAUGAGGCAAGCAAAGGCCCUUCUCCACACAGAGCUCUGA